AUGGUUCCACUCGGGCUCUUGGGAGCCGGUACGGAAUUCUCAACCAUCGGCUAUGAGCGCGCGACCAAGUCUGCAACACAACAUGCUACCACUCGGAUCAAGGGUCAGAUCGUCAAUAAAUCGCGCAAUCUAGGAAAUCACCAGCCGGCCAACGCUCACUGGAUCGUGCAAAAGUUCGGAGGCACCAGCCUCGGCAAGUUCGCUACAACUAUUGCAGAGGACAUUGUUCUGGCAGGCCUUGAAGAACACCGUGUCGCCGUUGUUUGUUCGGCAAGGAGCACGAAGACUAAGAGCGAAGGUACCACCAAUCGCCUCCUCCGUGCAGCUGUAGAUGUGCUGGUCGCCGACUCGCGGAGUUGUGCCGAAUAUGUCGAAGCAAUUCGGUUGGAUCACGUUACCAUCGGCCAAGAAACGAUCAAAAACGACAGCGCCUUGGAGCGAUAUAUCGCCCACGUAGACCGGGAAUGCAAUCGCUUACUCCGCAUGCUGGAGAGUGCUCGAUUACUCAAGGCGGUCACAGAUCAGACCAAGGACAUGAUCGUUAGCGUGGGCGAAAAACUAAGUUGUCUGUACAUGACUACUCUCCUACAGACCAAGGGUGCCAACGCCGUUUGCAUGGAUUUGAGCGAGAUUGGUGAUUUUAGCUCGACUAUCACCUUGGACACUGAAUUCUACCGCAAGAUCGCUUACCUCAUUGGUGCCAAGAUCAACACGCUUGGCCAUGGCGUUGUUCCCGUUAUCACCGGCUUCUUCGGCAAGAUCCCCGGAGGACUACUUGCGAAAAUUGGCCGCGGCUAUACUGAUCUGUGCGCCGCCCUAACGGCUGUGGCGCUCAACGCGCGGGAGUUGCAGAUUUGGAAGGAGGUCGAUGGAAUAUUCACCGCCGACCCAAGAAAGGUCCCCGGGGCCCGGCUUCUCAGCACUGUGACUCCAGCCGAAGCUGCCGAGUUGACUUUUUAUGGAUCAGAAGUGGUUCACCCUUUUACCAUGGAGCAGGCUAUUCGCGCAAACAUCCCAAUUCGCAUAAGGAACGUCGUAAAUACUCGCUCACCUGGUACAAUCAUCUACCCCAACCCGAGCGAUAUUAUGUCGGUCGAAUCCUCGAGUCUAUUCCGCAGCCGUUCACUGUCAGCCGCCCCGCGCUAUCAGUCCCAACAGCCUACAGCCGUUACCGUUAAACCACAAAUCACAGUCCUCAACGUUCAUUCCAAAAAAAGAACACGUGCUCAUGGCUUUCUUGCUUCCAUCUUUUCUAUCCUCGACCAAAACGGCCUUUCAGUCGAUCUCAUCUCGUCGUCCGAGGUCCAAAUAUCUAUGGCUAUCCACUCAGAGCACGCCCUUCUUGCUCUGUACGGCGAAGACGACCUUCGGAUCCAGUCCGCAAGUUUGCAGCGCGCCAUCAGCAGCCUCAAGGCCUGGGGCGAUGUGGAUCUUGUCCCUAAUCUGGCGAUUAUAUCGCUAGUCGGCCGCCAACUCCGCAGCAUGCUUGGCAUGUCGGGACGAUUCUUCAGCACUCUUGGUGAGCAUGGUAUUAACAUCGAAAUGAUUAGCCAGGGCGCUAGUGAGAUAAGCAUCGGCUGUGUAAUUGAAGAGCGGGAAGCGGAUCGUGCGCUAAAUGUCGUACAUGAUCACCUUUUUGGUCUCCUAGACUAG